AUGGCUGCCAAACCAGUAGACGACUAUUACAUCAACUUUGUAGAAAUGAAAUUCAUUGGCAAUACACUUUACUUUAUACCUGAAGAUGAUGGAAACCUGGAAUCAGAUCACUUCCAGGGGAUUGAACCAAGGAGUUACGCAAUCAUACGAAACAUAGAUGACCAAGUUCUCUUCAUAGACCAAGGAAAAAGAGCUGUGUUUGAAGACAUGCCUGAUUCUGACUGUAGAGAUAAUGCAUCCCAGAUCUUAUUUAUAAUAAAAUCGUACGGAGAUGAUAAAUCAAGAGGUAGGUCGGUAGCCAUCUCUGUGAACUGUGCAGGAAGAAUUUCUACACUUUCCUGUGAAAACAAAACUAUUAACUUUAAGGAAAUCAGUCCUCCUGAUGCUAUCAAUGAUGAUAAAAGUGACAUCAUAUUCUUUAUGAAAAAUAUUGUGGGACACCAUAAAGCAAAAUUUGAAUCUUCAUUGUACCAAGAAUACUUUCUCGCUUGUGAAAAAGACGCAGACUAUUACAAACUCAUUUUGAAAGAGAGGCCGGAAACUAAUGAUAAAUCUAUAAUAUUCACUGUAGACCACAAAGGAGUAGAGAGUAAAAGUCCAUAG